AUGUGGAGCAUCAUUUUCAAGACUACGCCCAUAGUGAAGACGGCAUCGAAUCGGGGAACAACGAGCACGCCCAACGUCGAACCAACCACAGUCCGCACCCGAUCAACAUACAACAGCAUCAAAAGACUAUGCGGAGCCAAGUACUCAGAGCGUAGUCGGGCCCGACGGCAGCCACAAGCCUCGGGCGCCAACCAUGCUGAAGACAGUGACCUCCAAAGGGACCCGACACACAAGGCGGGCAGUUUAUGGGCUACUGAAGAGGGGAAUCCUACGCAAGACGGCCCAGACCUCCCCCGAGCAGAUUCCAAUCGAUCGUUCGAGCACCCGCGUUCCUCGGAGUUUGAUAAUACUGAGGUACUCACCAAGCAGCCAGAAACGCGCCCUAUCAGCCAAGAACAACUUGUUGCUGAGGUGAAGGGUAUCUACGCUGGGCUCGUCAUGGUCGAGUCGAAGUGUAUCGAAGUCGACAACGCUCAAAGUUCAAAUAACGAGACCAAUCCCAAGCUCCAUAAUAAUCAGUGGCAGGCAUUGAUCGCUCUGCAUCGAACUUUGCUGCAUGAACACCACGAUUUCUUCCUUGCCUCUCAGCAUCCUUCGGCCAGUCCGGCAUUGCGACGGCUCGCGAGCAAGUACGCAAUGCCGGCACGCAUGUGGAGGCAUGGGAUUCAUUCAUUCUUGGAGCUUUUGCGUAAUCGUCUGCCCGCCUCGCUCGAGCAUAUGCUUACGUUCAUUUAUUUGGCAUACUCUAUGAUGAAUCUGUUGUAUGAGGCUGUUCCAGCCUUCGAAGAUACUUGGGUUGAAUGCCUCGGCGACUUGGGCCGCUAUCGCAUGGCUAUCGAAGAUGAUGAUCUCAAGGAUAGAGAGGUCUGGACCUCAGUCUCGCGCCAUUGGUAUUCAAAGGCCAGUGACAAGGCUCCUCAGACGGGUCGUCUUUACCACCACCUCGCUAUUUUGGCUCGUCCGAAUGCUCUUCAGCAGCUCUUCUACUACACCAAGUCUCUCUGCGUGCCAGUUCCCUUCCUGUCUGCUCGCGAGUCAAUCAUGACUCU